AUGGCAAAGAAAGGGCGUACGAAGGGCGAGAAGCCCGAAGCGCUCAUCUCUGCCCUGCAGGCAGCCAAUGAAGAUCUCAGGUCCAAGCUGACUGAUAUUCAGAUAGAGCUACAUCAAGAAAAAUGCAAGGUGAGCAAGCUAGAGCGGGACAAGGUGCAGGAGGUAAAGCGAGUGCGAGAGCAGGAGCAGCACCGUCACACUGCCAUGUUAACAGAGCAGCGGGCCAAGUGGCACGAGGAAAAGCAAAAGGAGCUUCAGGCUCUCAGGGAAAACCUGACCCGGCAGCAUGAGCAGGAGCUGGCCCGCCACGCCAAAAUAAAAGACCAGGAGAACCAGAGGCUCAAGGCUGCUUUGAGUGCUAUGCGUGAUGGCAGUGGGGAGAAGGUGCGCACAGCAUUGACCCUGGAAGCCAAGGAGGAUGCACGUCGCUUCUUUGACCAGGAGAGAGUGAAGCUCCUGCAGGAGAUAAUAGAGCUGAAGUCUACUAAGAAGCAGACCGAUGAGGCUCUCAGCAACAUGAUCCAAGCUGACAAAAUGAAGGCUGGAGACCUGCGAGUGGAGCACCAGCAGCACCAGGAGCAGAUCUCCAAGAUCAAGUGGGACUGUGAGAAAGACAUCCGCAGACUGGUGGAUGAAAUCAAAUCUAAAGACCGCACCAUCUUCGCUCUGGAGAAAGAACUGGAGUCAACGUCGGGUUUCUUGCAGAAGCUGCAGCUUCAGAAGGACGCUCUGGACGAACAACUGUUCCUUGUCAAGGAGGCUGAGUGCGGCCUGGGAAGCCCGAAAAGAGAGAUUCCCGGCAGAGCUGGAGAUGGAGCAGAGCACUGUGGCAGCCCAGACCUGAGGAGAAACCAGAGGCGUAUUGCUGAACUCAACUCAACUAUACGUAAAUUGGAGGACCGCAACUCGCUGCUGGUCGAUGAGCGGAAUGAAUUGCUGAAGCGAGUUCGAGAGUCAGAGAAGCAGUGCAAGCCCCUACUGGACAAGAACAAGCUGCUGAGUAAAAGGAAUGAUGAUUUGACCCAUACUAUCCAGAAGCUGGAGGAGAAACUUAAGAGCCUGGCCAAGGAGAACCUUGAAAUGAGGGAGAAGAUCAGCUCCCAUCCACCACUAAAGAAACUGAAGUCUCUGAAUGACCUGGACCAAGCCCAUGAUGACCAGGAAAUAGCCUUUCUCAAGCUUCAAGUCCUGGAGCAACAAAGCAUGAUUGAUGAACUGACAAGAGACCGAGAGAAACUACUAAGAAAGAAAAGGCAUAAAAGAAGUUCAAGGCCAAUUAAGGUAGAAAAAAAUCCAAUUUUAGACACCUACUUUGGGUAUGAUGAAGAAUCUAUGGACUCGGAGACUUCUUCAGUGGCUUCAUUCCGGAUGGACAGGACCCCUGCUACUCCUGAUGAAGACCUAGAUGAGGGUCUAGCCAAUGAGGAGUCUGAGCUGCGUUUCCGUCAGCUGACCCGGGAGUAUCAGGCCUUACAGCGAGCCUAUGCCCUGCUGCAGGAACAGAAAGGAGGCAUACUGGACGCUGAGAUGGAAGCCAAGGCGCAGGAGCAGGUCCAGGCAGACAUUCUCAGGUAUAAGGCAAAAAUAGAGGACUUGGAGAAGGAACUGACCCUGAAAGGACAGGACUCCAAAUGGGUGGAGGAGAAGCAACUCUUCUUACGAAGGAAUCAGGAGCUAUUAGACAAGGCUGAAAAGGUGGAGUCAGAGUGCAGUCGGCUGCAGCAAGAGCUCCAAGACUCCAAAGACCAAAACGAGCUGUUAGAGUUCAGGAUACUGGAGUUAGAGGAGCGUGAAAGGAGGUCUCCUCCAUUCAACCACCUGAGGAUGCAUCCCUUCUCUGAGGGAGUCAGUGCCCUGCAGAUUUACUGUAUGAAGGAGGGUGUCAAGGACGUUUGCAUACCAGAUCUCAUCAAACUUCUAGAUAUCUUGGGAGACAACGGGAACUUAAGAAAUGAGGAGCAAGUGGCCAUUAUUCAGGCUAGCACUGUUUUGUCACUAGCAGAAAAGUGGAUUCAACAGAUUGAAGGGACGGAGGCAGCGCUUCACCAGAAGAUGAUGGACCUCGAAAUAGAGAUGGAAAUGUUCUGUAAACAAAAAGGAUAUCUAGAAGAGGAGCUGGACUACAGAAAACAAGCCCUGGACCAGGCCUACAUGCAAAUCCAGGAGUUGGAAGCAACGUUAUACAACGCCCUGCAGCAGGACAAGGUGAUCAAAUAUGGUGAGCCUCUAGAUGAGCUUCAGAAAGAUGAGCUGCGGACAGCAGUGGAGAAGCUGAGGAGGCAGAUGCUAAGGAAGAGUCGAGAGUACGACUGCCAGAUCCUCCAGGAGAGGAUGGAACUGCUGCACCAGGCGCACCAGAGAAUUCGGGACCUUGAGGAUAAGACAGAAAUCCAGAGGAGGCAGAUUAAAGACCUGGAGGAAAAGUUUUUGUUUCUGUUCUUGUUCUUUUCUCUCGCCUUUAUCCUUUGGCCUUGA